AUGCUUGCAGCCCUGUGGAGGCUGAGGAGCCACCAGGUCCCGCCGGCCUCUGUUGCUCCACACACCUGGGUCCUGGCCCGGGGCUGGGAAGAUGAGAGGCUCGGCUGCUCCUACAGGAGCCUCAGGAGCGGAGACGCCGCGUGGACCCCCGGACCCAGGCCGGAUGCGGUUCCCCCGGCUGCUGAGGCCGGCCUGGACCUGCCCCUGGCUCUGGCCCUGGGCGCCUGCGUGCUUCUGGCCAUCGUCUACCUGCGCCCUGCACCCCGGUGCACAGCCCCGGAGGAGGCGCCAGGCACGCGCGCUGCCCUGGCCCAGCCCCCACUUGCCCCACGGCCCCCACCCUGUACCCCCAACACCUCAAUAGCCCAGCACCCUGAUUUCGCGGCGCAGCCCGUGCAUGUGCGCGACUUCCUGCUGUACCGACACUGCCGCGACUUCGCGCUGCUGCAGGACGCAGCGGCCGACAAGUGCUCGGGGCCUGUGUUCCUGCUCCUGGCCAUCAAGUCCUCUCCUCGCAACUACGAGCGGCGCCAGCUCGUGCGGCAGACCUGGGGCCUCGAGCGCCAGGUGCGGGGCGCGCCCAUCCGCCGCCUCUUCCUCGUGGGCACCGCCUCUGACCCACACCAGGCCCACAAGCUCAACCGGCUGCUGGAGCUGGAGGCCCAGACACACGGCGACAUCCUGCAGUGGGACUUCCAUGACUCCUUUUUCAACCUCACGCUCAAGCAGGUCCUCUUCCUCCGCUGGCAGGAGACCAGGUGCACCAACGCCAGCUUCGUGCUCAACGGGGACGACGACGUGUUCGCACACACGGACAACAUGGUAGCCUACCUGCAGGGCCAGGACCCCGACCGCCACCUGUUCGUGGGCCACCUCAUCCAGAACGUGGGCCCGAUCCGAGUGCCCUGGAGCAAAUACUUCGUGCCACGGCUGCUGACGGCCGCGGAGCGCUACCCGCCCUACUGCGGCGGCGGCGGGCUGCUGCUGUCGCGGUUCACCGGCCGCGCACUGCGCCGCGCCGCGCCUGCUCUCCUGCUCUUCCCCAUCGACGAUGUCUUCCUGGGCAUGUGCCUGCAGCACGAGGGGCUGCGGCCUGCGGCCCACAGCGGUGUGCGUACCGCAGGUGUGCAUGCCCCCUCCCCGCACCUCUCCUCUUUUGACCCCUGCUUCUACCGCGAGCUGCUGCUGGUGCACCGCUUCCUGCCCUACGAGAUGCUGCUCAUGUGGGAUGCGCUGAACCGCCCCGACAUGGCCUGUGGCCGCCGGGCCAAGAUCUACUGAAGCCCACUCACCUCCCCCCACCCUCCCCAGCCCCCUCUGGGGUGUCGAGGCCUUUGCCUUUCUAGGCAAGUUAGGAGGGGUUAGUAAGUGGAUGCCAUGAGCUCCUACCCAUCCCUUACAACCCCUGCGGUGAUGCUCACUGCCUACUCCCUGUCCUCAGAGACAGUGACCACCUCCUCCGCAUGGCAGCCACAGGAGGAAGCCCCCAGUGCAGGCUCCAGCCCCACUGGGUCUCAGCCUGCUGGAGGCCUCAGCGUCUGAGGACAGGAAACAGGGCAUAAGGGCCCCAGACCCCUCCGGAGGAAGCCAAGUGCUUAAGAAUCCCAGUGGGGGGGGGGGAGCCCCAUGUCUAGUGCCCCCCAAACUCAGGGAGUGGCCAGGGAAGCAGGGACCCCUCGCUCUGAGGGUUGGGGUCUGGCCCAGACCACACAGACUCAGGAAGGGCACUUGGGCCUGGCGGGGACCUGGGGAGCCAGGUGUCAGCAUAAAUUGUUUUGUGCA